AUGCAUACAGAAAGUGAUGAAAAACAAUUAAAACCAUGUCUAACAAAAAUUAUUCAAUUAGUUGAAGAAUCUCUACAGAAAUUUAAGUCAUUCCAUAAACAAACACAGGUACAAUCACAAACUGACAAAGAUGAUAAUCUUUUACAAAAUUCUCAAUUAAAUAACAACAUCUAUACAUUUACAUUAAGUAAUGAAGAAAAUGAACUUCUACAAACUUUAACAUCUAAUAUUGAAACUACUCUUAAUGAACAUUUUCAACAUUUAUCACAAAUAUGUUUGAAUUAUCUAUUAGAUUUUCUUUAUACAUAUCAUUAUGAUCGUGUACAACGACGAUUUGUUUCACCUAUAAGCAUUGGUGAAUUACAUUCAUUUGCUCUUGAAUUAAAAGGUUUAUUAGCUUCAUCGGAAGCUUAUCCUGCUGCGUACAAUGGUCAACUAGAUGUCGUUAAAAAAUUUAUUAAAGAAUAUCCAACGUUUAAAGAUAAACCAGGAUUAUGGGAAACAACAUUAUUAUAUUCAGCAGCACGAAAUAAUCAUUUAGAUAUUGUUAAAUACUUGAUUGAAGAAGCAUAUUGCUCUGCCAAUGUUCAAAAUCAACGUGAUGUUGGUUUUGCAUUAGAUGCUACCGCUAUGGAUUACAUUCCACGACCAACAGCAGCUUCAACAGCUCUUCAUGGUGCUUGCUUUUAUAAUCAUUUAAAUAUUGUCAAAUAUUUAAUAAAACAUGGUGCUGAUUAUUUCAUUCAAAAUCAGGCACAUGAAACUCCAAUAAAUAAUGGAGAACGACAUUUUGAAAUAAAGAAUUUUUUUCAAGAUUAUCUUAUUAUGGGUUAUUCUAUUGCAUCUUCAGAACACUUACCUAAUCAACCUAUUAUGGAUGAUGAUCAACGUCCAAUACAAGAUUGUAUGUGGGAAUAUAAACCUUUUCAAGAUUCUAAAUGGUAUAACUUUACAGCAAAAGAAGCGACAUUUUUACACAAAGCUUUAUUACCAUCAGAAAAAUUUCAAGAAAAAGUUUAUUUGAAAGUAACGAAAGGUUUAUAUAGCGUAUCAAUGCUUGAAUUUUUACGAUUAGGAAAACAUGGACAAGAUCCACAAAAAAAUAUGGCAUGGAUUCGAUGUCGUGGUUCCAGUGUUUUAAAUUUUGAUUGUUAUUCAAUCUGGCAAAUAAUGUUAAUUCAACAUCCGAAAGUAAACGAGGAUGAAGAUAAAACUCCAUCGUUAAAAAUACAAGAUUUUCCUGCUAUGGUUAGUAGCCGUUUUAAACUUCAAUUAAAUUCUUGGUAUAGUUGUGGUGACAAAACGAGUUCAUUAUUAGAUAAUUCUAUGAAUUAUCGACGAAAAAUUAUUUCGAUUAAUAUUGCUGACGUUGGUGAUGAUUUGACAUUCAAUUUACAAACAUUUGAAUUUUCCAAUAAUGAUAAAACAAUUGUUGGAUAUAUUCGAUGGAUUCCAAAACUUAUAUCCAGCAUCGACAAUAAAGAUAAAAAACUUGUAUAUAUUGAUAAUUACCAACAUAUGGCAAGUGUACAACCGAUUCCUUUAACUACAAAACGUUUGAAAGAAACUUCAAAAAUGAAAAGUACUGAUCAAAAACAAAUGAAUGAUAUAGAAAAUCAAGAUGAUGAAGAUGAGAGCGGUUUAGAAAUCGCGACAACAUUUGGAGCAGGAAAUGAUGAUGAAGCUGAUGAUGACGAUUUUGAAAAUUCGGAUGAUAAAAAUCAAACAUCAUCCGAAAAUACUGGUACUUGGAGUGUAACUGAUCUUAACGAUGAGAUUACGUUUAUCAACUCUGCUCCCGAUGUGUCACCUCAUGCUACUACGAAUAUGAUAGUUCGUGAAGAGUCGAAAAUUUCAGAGAGUUUUUUUCAUGAAACUUCUGAUGAUAUUAAGCAGCCAACAGUCAUUGAAAGAGCGAAUUCUACUUUAAAAGCUGAAGCAACAGCUAAUCUUACUGCGCAAUUAGAAUCAGAAAUUCAAGAAUUAAAAGAUCAAAUUGAAAAAGAGAAAUCAAAAGUUGACAAAGUAAAACAAUCACAAGAAAAAAUGACAAAAGAAAAAGAAAAAGAAUUAAAACAAGUUCAUAAAUUAUUAGAAGAGCUUCAACAACAAUUAAUCAAUAGAAAAUCUCAUGAACAACAAUUUAAAAAUUUAUUUAAUCAAAUAAUAGCUAUCGAUUAUGACAAUAUUGAAUCGAUCAUAGCCAAUAUUUUUCUAUUUAGCAAAACUAAGCACAUUACUGAUCAUCUUAAAAGUAAACAUCCAAUUGACGCAUAUUUGCCAGGAAUACCAAGUUUAAUCAUCACAGAAAAAAAUGGCUAUUAUUGUAUAUCACUAACGGGUAUUAAAGCACAUCAUGAUGAAUUCAAACUUAUUCUAAAACGAAUACAAACCUUAUCAAAUGCUACUAAAUCAGCUAAAGCGUUUUAUCAACGACACUUAAAUUCACAAUUCCAAUCGAUUAAUCAUAUAAUGGCACAAAAAAUUCGUCCUUCACAAGAUUGGAAAUCUUAUACCAAAUAUUUUCAACAAUUAGUUAAAAAUAAAAUUGACGAUUUUGUUAAAUUAUAUGAUGAUUACAUAUCAAAAAAAUCUAAACUAAUGGUAGACGAAUGUAUAACAGAUAUUAAUUUUCAAUCACAGAAUCAAUUGCGAAAAUUAACCGAAAAGUACAUGAAGAAAAAACAAUUUCUACCGGAAUUAGAAAUUUGUAAAAGUGAAGCUUUAUAUGAAUAUAUAAAACAACAUGUUCUAUCAGAACGAUUAAAAUUUGAAAAGAAACCAUCAAAAAAAUCUCUUGAUACUAUGAAUGAAUUUAUUGAUAAAGUAAAAAUAGAACUCAAAACAAAUUCAAUCUAUAACGGAUGCAAUUUAGAACAAUUUAAAGAAAUUCCAAAAUUAUUACAACGAAUUAUGUUAUAUUACCGAUGUUUCCUUCUACAAUUACCUUUAUAUGAAUCAUCAAAAGGUUUAUUAGAAAAAAUUGAGCGAAACACAGUUAUUACAAUAGCAACAUCCACUGGAUCAGGUAAAUCCAGCUUAUUACCAGCUUUGUUGAUUGCUGAAGAUUAUGAAAAAGUCAUUGUUACUCAACCUCGUCGAUUACCUUGUACAGCAAUUUGUAACCGUGUUAAUGAAACUAUGACAACAAACAAAAAUGAAUUUAAACUUGCUGGAUGGGCUGUUAGUGGUGCUGAAUGUGAUGUCAAUGCUCGGAUUUUAUAUUUAACAGAUGGUUUAUUAAAAGAACGUCUGUUACAUGAUGAAAAUUUGAUUGGAAAUCAAAAAAACAACAAUAAGCCUAUUGUAUUUUUUGUCGAUGAAGUUCAUGAAAGAUCAAUUAAUAUUGAUCUUUGUUUAGGAUUAUUUGCUCGUCUUCUAGCAGAAAAACCUGAACUUAAAUCAAAAGUGAAAAUAAUUAUUUCAUCAGCAACAUUAGAUUCAUCUGUACCAACAUUGUUUCGUAAUAUACCUCAAUUAAAAUUUGAUGAAUUUCACAUGCCAAUGUUAGGAACAUUAUAUACUGUAACAAAAAUUGAACGACCCAAUCAAAACAUAUUGGAUUUAGUACAAGAAUUAUGUAAAAAAAAACAAAGACAUGAUCAAAUAUUAUGUUUUGUUAGUAGUGUAUCAGAAGUAAAGCAAUGUUGUAGUCUCUUAGAAGAAAUUAGUCAUGGAACAAUAACUGCUUUUCCUUUGAUUCAAUCUCAAUCAGCAGUUGAUCAACAGAAUAAUAUUGAACAAGGAAGUAUUUUCGUUUCAACAACUGUUGCUGAAACAUCUCUUACAUUUCCAUCAUUAAGAUAUGUUAUUGAUACAGGAAUGAUUAACAUUCCUGUUUAUGAUAUUGACAAAAAACAAACAACUUUAAUGGAAGUACGAGCAGCUGAAUCAACAAUUAAACAACGUUUAGGCCGACUUGGACGAACUAAACCAGGUGAAUAUUAUUCAUUAUAUGAUUUUAAAGUUGAAGAUAAAAAAUAUCCAACUCCACAAAUAUGUCAAUCACAAUUAGUUAAUAUUGAAUUUUCAUUAAGAAAAUCUUUAAUUAAAAAUGGACUUAAUUAUAUGAAAAAAUUCUUACCAGAUUCACCGAAACCACAAGCAAUUAGCUCAGCAGUAGAAGAGUUAAGAACAUUAAAUAUCUUAGAUUCACAAGAUAAACUAACAUCAGUUGGUGUUGCAAUUUCUAAAUUACCUGAUUUUGGUUCAUUAGCUAUGUCAAAAUCUAUUCUAUCAGCUUUGAAUCAGAAUAAUUGUGGACGUGAUCUUAUUGUUCUUUCAUCGAUUUUAGGUGUUUUAAAUACAUCAUCAGUGUUAAAAGCGAUACCAGAUUCAAUGAAAAAGCCCGAAGGUGAUUUUAUGACUUUAUUAAAUGUUAUGAAUGAAAUUCUCUUAGUAAAAAAAAGUGUACGUGCUCAACAAUUUAGAUUAUCUAAAGUAUGUCAAGCUAAAAAGUUAACAGCAAUCUUACAUGUCUUAAAACAAGCAUUAAGGCGAUAUGAAAGUUUGGAAAAAUCAUUUAAUCUUUCAAAUGAAUAUCGUGAAAAAGCACAAGUUUCAAGUGAUGAUUGGGAAUUAAUUGCAAAAUCCUUAUUAAAUGGAUAUGGAGAAAAUGUAUUUGUAUCAAUGAAAGAAUUACAAGGAAAAACUCAUUUAUUUACACGAUAUUCUCCUCCAAAAGAAGAUGUUGCUGUUUUAGAUCUUCAAUCAACUCUUACUCGAGCCAUAACUUCAUCACCUGUUUCACUUGUACUUGCUCGUGAUAUUCGUUUUUCAUCUUCUAUUCGAGCAACAGCUGUUUUAUCAUUUGUUGGUGAAAUUAAAUCAGCAUGGAUUGAGUAUCGUCUAAACAGAAAAAUAACAUUAAAUACAGCUGAAGAAACAAAAUUAAAUUCUGAUAACAUUGUAGCAAAUGCGAAAAAUACAUUUCCCAAUGUUCAAAUCCAAUUGAAUAAUCAUAUGCUUAGUCUAGAAGGUUCAGCAGGUUCUGUUCUUGAAGCUGAACUUGAUAUUUUGAAACAUUUAGUUGUUGAAAUGAAAUUUAAUUUAACAAAUGAAUAUUCACUAAGUGCAACAGCUGAUUAUCAACGUAUGAAACGAAAUCUUGAAGGUGUUUCGAAAAUGCCUUCAAUAUUCAAUCCAAUGAAAUGGCGAUGGGAAGCUCAACAUCAAGUUAAAAUAACUGUUAAUAAUAAUACCAUAAAUAAUGAAUGUGAAAUAACAAUCGAAGGACGAGAUUCACAAAAUCAAUAUGCAUACAACGAAUUUCGAUCGUUUUUGAGUUGGUUAAAAAACUGUGCUGUUAUUCGACAUCCUAACGCAGGUGUUCCACCACGAAUUCUUAAACCAGCUAUGCGUAAAACAUGUCUUGAUAUUGAAGAAAGAAUUUCCCAUAUUACUGAUAAUAAACGAACAUCGAUUGAAUUAUGGAAAAGUUUAAAAGGUUCAACAGCAACACGUGAAAGUCGAAUGGAAGUUGUUGCAUGGAUAGCUAUCUGUAAAUUUGAUUGUCGACUUGAAGGUGGUUUUGUUCGUGAUUGGGUUGUUGGAAAUUAUUCAGCUCGACCAAGUGGAGAUUCAUCAACAUGGUUACAUUAUAAUCCUAAUGCAGCUGGUACAUCACUUCCUUAUUUGAAUAAAGAUUUCAUUCCAUCAGAUCUUGAUUGUCAUUUACCAUCACAUAAAUAUUUUGAUAUUGAUAAAUUUUUGGAUAAUUUACAUAAAUAUCAAAUUGAAUAUAAAGUAUUUCGAGAAGAUUGGCGUUAUAUAAUAUUAUUAGAUGAAAAUACUAAAACUGGUCCAUUUACAAUGGAUUUAAUUGAACCUCAUGUUGCUUUAACACAUGAUAGAAUUGAUUUUGAUGUUAGUAAUUUAUCAUUAGAAAAGGAUUAUACAAAAGAAUUAGGAAUGAGAGUUGAUAUUACAUAUAAACCAUAUUCAAUUGAAUUAGAAACUAUUGUUGAUAAUAUUAAAAAUAAACGUUUUCAAGUUUUACGUCCAAUUGAUAAAUAUGUUCAAGGUCGUAUUGAUAAAAUGAAAAAUCGAGGUUGGACACAACUUGGACAAGCUAUGCAUGUUAUUCCAAAUCCACCACCAAAAUAUCAAGUUGUUCUUGUUCCUUUACCUGAAUCAACUGAAUUAUAUAAAACAUUAGUUCAACAAAUGAAAUCUUAUAUUAAUAAUCAAGUGCAAGUAUUAUCAAUUGAUCAAAUUAAAAAUCCUUUAUUAGAAGACGCUUAUUUAGCAAUGAAACAAUUAAUUGCUAAACAAUGUAAAGGACAAAAUCCCAAUGAACGUGAAUUAUUUCAUGGAACAGGCGGUGAUGCAAUUGAUGGAAUAUUAAAUGAUGGAUUUGAUGAUCGAUAUUGGGGAACUAAUUUUGGAAAAGGAAAAUGGGGUCACGGUGCUUAUUUUGCUGAUAAUCCAAGUGUUUCACAUAGAUAUACUGAAGCCAAUCCGACCGAUCAGACACGUAUCAUGUAUUAUAAUAAAGUUGUUUUAGGGAAAGAAUCAAUACUUCAUGAAUUAAAUAGUGAAUUAAUGUCUGCACCAAAAGGUUUUCAUUCAAUACAUGGGCAAUUUCCAGGUGAACCAAAUAACGAUGAAUAUAUUGUAUAUCGAUAUGGACAAGCAUUGCCAUAUUUAAGGAUGACUUAUACGGCAUAG